AUGGAGGUGGUGCCCGACACGGGCACCGGCACUCAAGACAUUGUCCGCAUUUAUUACAACCCUGUACUACAACAGUGUCUGCCGUUUUCGUGGUCGAGUGUGGGCGGGAACGCCAAUCGAUUCAUAUCCAUAAAGAACUGCUACGAGAUAUGCCAUCCCGCGGACCCGGGGUUCAGGAGACUGACGGCCAGUGGUGUCCGCGCGUAUCUCGUCAAACGAAAGCCUCCCAAAUAUUGUAACGGCAAAAAGCCAGGUAUUCCUGAAUUAGGUGUUCCUGAGACCAUAAUACCGGAGUCUAAGGCGGCCGCCGAGGAGGAGGAGGAGAAGCCGCAGAUAUCGGGCGAUGUAGUCGUGCGACAGAUUAGGAAUCCCUUCGACCCCACGAAACUGCUUACCAUUGUUCAGCCGAUCACUUAUAUUAUACCGAAGGGUAAGCGCAAUAUUGUGGUCGACAAACGCCCCUACAGACAGCCGUAUGGACAGGCAUUCGGACAGACACGGGGUCGUCAAUGCCUCUCAAGCCUUCAGUCAAAGCAAACAUAUUUUGUGGCAAAUUGUCUCUCAAUUCAGUGA